UGUUGUGAAAGCCUGGCAACCCUGGUCAGGACUUUUAUUUUGAAAUGUGAUUGGUAGAAGCAUGUUCUGGAUGGACAGUCACAGCCAUGGCAAAUUCUCACCCGUUGUAAAUUUUAAGUUUACAAUGUUUUGGUUAAAUGUAAAAAGCAGUUGUAUUUUUGAACUGUUUACAUAAUUAACAGUAGACCGUUCAUCCGUUGUUCAAGCAUGUUUCGUCAGGCUGUUAAGAAAUUAGAUACUUUGAUGCCAGAUGCUGGAAAACAACUUGUGACAACACCAAUGUCCACAAUUAAAUGUAUGGUAGUUGGAGAUGGAGCCGUGGGUAAAACUUCCCUUUUGGUUUCAUUUACAAACAAGUUCCCAUCAGAACCAACAGUGUUUGACAACCAAACUGUGACUGUAAUGGUUGAUGGUGAACCGUAUACCAUUAGAUUAUUUGAUGCUGCAGGUCAGGAUCAAUUUCGACCCCUGUCUUAUCCCCAAACAGACGUCUUCUUAGUUUGUUUCUCUGUAGUUUCUCUUUCCUCCUUUGAAAAUGUAAAAGAAAAGUGGGUGCCUGAGAUAACCUAUCACUCUCCAAAAACCCCUUUUCUGCUGGUUGGAACUCAGAUUGACUUACGAGAUGAUCCCAUAACUGUUGCAAGGCUUGCAAAAAACAAACAAAAGCCGAUCAAACCAGAAACAGCUGAAAAACUAGCCAGAGACCUAAAGGCAGUGAAAUAUGUUGAAUGCUCUGCUCUAACACAGAAAGGACUGAAAAAUGUAUUUGAUGAGGCGAUAUUAGCAGCUCUAGAGCCCCCAGGAUCCCAGAAGACAUGCAAAUGUGUGAUUUUAUAAACUGGACACAACAGUAGCAGCAUCAAAGACAAAUCUGGGUGUAAACCAACAAUUUUUUUUGUACAGUUUUUUUUCGGGAAAGUAACAAUAGCUUUUACUUAACAAUUUUUUCCCAUUACAUACUAUGGUAUUCAUAUCACAUGAUGUGAUGACGUGUGCAGCUUUUACUCUCUUUUGUGACAGUAAAAAACAGUGCCUUCAAGAUUUACACCUUGUCCUAUGUUAGGUGUAAGUUGUGUUAUGUCAAGAUGGGUCUGAGAAAGUGUUAUUUUGAAUAAAAUAUGAAAAUAUAUUUAUAUAGAAACCCUUCACAUUUAUCCAUAAACCUUCCA